GUCUUUGACUGGAUCGAAGAACACGGGUGACACAGCCCCAAAAUGCCAGCCCUCAGUCUGGUGGCUCUGGUCAGCUUGGUGUCCACUGUAUUUGCCAAGCAGCUGGAUGGACACCCACCCCAACAGCAGCACAGGCACUGGGCCCCCAUCUGCAGCGGGAAUCCCACCAACCAAAUCCGGGGCUGCGACAGAUACGGCUGCGGGAAUUUCGGUGCUGACAGGCACAGUGGCAAAGAAAAGCACGUGGGUGUGGAUGUCAUCUGCCGGGACGGGGCGACGGUGUACGCGCCGUUCAGCGGGCAGCUCUCCGGGCCCAUCCGCUUCUUCCAUAACGGGAAUGCCAUCGAUGAUGGAGUCCAAAUCAGGGGAUCAGGUUACUGCGUGAAGCUCGUCUGCAUUCACCCCAUCCGGUACCACGGCCACAUCCGCAGGGGCCAACAGCUUGGGAGAAUGCUGCCCAUGCAGAAAGUAUUUCCUGGCAUUACUUCCCAUAUCCACGUCGAGAAUUGCGACCACUCCGAUCCCACCCACCUCCUUACGCCCGAUGUCCCACCACUGCCACAACAAAGCAGUGGCCGCUGGGCCACGGUGUGUGCUGGGAAUCCCACCAACGAGAUCAGGGGCUGCGAUAAGUACGGCUGCGGAUACUACGGAGCUCCCAGGCGCAGUGGCAAAGGGAAGCACAGGGGAGUGGAUGUGAUCUGUGCUGAUGGAGCCACCGUGUACGCCCCCUUCUCCGGGCAGCUCUCCGGGCCCGUCAAAUUCUUCCACAACGGAAAUGCCAUCGACGAUGGAGUCCAAAUCCGAGGCUCAGGGUUCUGUGUAAAACUACUCUGUAUCCAUCCCAUAAGAUACAACGGUGCCAUUUCCAAGGGGCAAGUCCUUGGGAAAAUGUUGCCAAUGCAAAGAGUAUUUCCCGGCAUCACAUCUCACAUCCACAUCGAGAACUGCGACCACUCGGAUCCCACCAGCAACCUCGAAGGGGGGAAGGGGCAAAGAGAGUGAAGUGGAAAUGCAGUAAAUUCUAAAUAAAUU